AUGAAAUCCUUCGUAGCCAUCCUCGCCUUCGUGGCCCUCGCCGCCGCCGAUGUUUCCCACAUCAUCCACCCAGACGUCGACGCCCAGAUCGUCAGACAUGAUGCCGAUGUCUUCCCCGACCAGUUCCAAUACGCUUACGAAACCAGCAACGGUAUCAAGGGACAAGAAUCCGGAGUAUUGAAGAACGCUGGCCGCGAGGAGCAAGCUCUCGAAGUCCAGGGAUCCAGCUCUUACACCGGCCCAGACGGUCAAGUCUACUCUGUCCAAUACAUCGCCAAUGAGAACGGAUACCAACCCCAGGGUGCUCACCUCCCCACCCCCGUCCCAGUCCCAGAAUACAUCGUCAAGGCCCUCGCGUACAUCGCUGCUCACCCACCAAGGGUAGUCGAGAGCCGCGCUUAA